AAUCACAUUCGAGCUUCCUCGGUCACUUUAAUGCGUAUGUGCACUCAGAGAAGGCGGGGAGGACUCGGUUUGCUUAGGCUGAUUAGCAACAAACAGAAGCUUGUGAGUUGAAAAAUUUGGACUAUUUCACCUCCGGAGUGGACUUUGCCGUCAUGAAACGAUCGUCGGAGGUGGCGAUGGUGAGCUGAUAGCUGCGUCAUCAUGUUGCUUCCGACUCGAGUUAGUCGAAAGAAAGCUCAAGUUAACGCCACCCGCAGUGAUUCGGUUCCGAAGGCCACUCCCGACCACCUGAGGUAGAUGCAUCGCGGAGCGCCGCUGCCCGGGGGGAAAGCUUGCUAGCGGCCGGGGGGACAGACCGUAGGCGGCUGACUUGACAUCACUUGGCGCGAUUCCCCCGUUUGUUAUCCACUCGAGCGAACGGUCACUACCCGUCGCCGUUGUAACGCGACAACAAUGUGACCAAAACGGUUCUUAAACAUGAACUAUAGCUAUAUAAAUACUUGCUAUUUUGACAAGGGGGAUUGAUGACAAAUUAGGAGCAUCUUCUGAAAUGCCGAUCGGCACUUUCACCGUUAACCGUUUAUAACCCUUUAAAGAAGAUUGAUCAAAUAAAUUGCAACGAGUCAUCUGGAUAGCCAAUCCAUGAGUUAUCAGGGUGUCAAAGGGUGUUAAGUUGGACUUUCGGGAGUUUUGCCUGGGGUCCUCCUCAAAGGAGGGGCAAAGUUCCGUGCUAUCUAUCAGGGUACACAAGGAAGAAGUCACGAUGGCCGUGAAGGCAGCGACUCGCUCCCAGAAGCUGUGGUCGAGCGCCGCCGACGAACGGAACCGGUCGCCGAACUUCGAAUGGAUCGACGGGCUUCUCUACCGAAAGAAGCUGGAGAGGGGCUUCGUCAACUACCGGGAGGUCUUGGACGAAGACCGCCGGCUGGAAGCGGUCGCCACAUUUCACCGGCGACCCCCCGGCAAGCGUCACCUCUCCUUGGAGGAGACGUACAAAUGCGUGGCUGACAAUUACUGGUGGGACGGGAUGUACUUCCACAUUAGAGACUUUGUCCUGGAUUGUCCCGAAUGUCAAAGCCAGCAAUGCAAGAAGACAGAGGAGCCAGGUGGCCGAGGAUGUGUCACGAAGAUGGUGGCGUCGCACAGCUCCGACAUGCUCCGCAAGCUGAGGAGCCAGCGGGAGGCGGGGAUGUUUUGCGACAUCACCGUGCGCACGAACGGGCAGUCCUACGCCGCGCACAGAGCCGUGCUGGCGGCUGUCAGCGACCACUUUCAGGAAAUUUUUACAGAGAUGGACUCAAGUAAAAAGACAGACAUAGAUCUCACCGGCUUCAGCGAGGACAGCCUUUUGUCUCUGCUGGACUUCUCCUACUCCUCCACCCUGUGUGUGCGCUGGGAAGACCUCCCCGAAGUCAUCACCAUGGCCCGCCACCUCGGCAUGUGGCCUGCCGUGGAGGCCUGCUCUGCUCUCAUGAAAGAACACCACCACGUUGAUCAUCCUGGCCGGGAAUUAAAAUUGGGCUACGGUGGCAUUUGCAGUCAACGGCGCCGCCAGCAGACAGAAACCAAAAGGAAAAGGGAAUUGGAACAGAACUUUGGCAUCUUCCACCAAACACUGGAUACAUCUGACGAAGGGAGUCCGAGUUGCAGUCUGCAAAGGACGCCAAAUCUUGGUGUUUAUAACAGACUCCCCGUGAGUCCCUCACACAGGAUGAAGCUUAUGGACUUCAAAUCUCCUUCCUCCAAGAAGAGUGGAGCAUCCAAAAAUCUCAUUGGAACCCAAGAGUCAAAGAAUUACUCUUCCAUAUCUCCUUCCGACACUCGUAUACUGCGCUCAAGUCCUGGUGCUGCUCAGCAGGUUCAGAGAUUGCUGCCCAUGCCAGAAAGUUCUCAAAGAAACCGGAAACCUUGUACCCCCAGAUCCAGUCCGAUUUGUAGCCCUGUUAGGGUGAAGCAAGAAGUGGAAGAGUUGGGAGUGGAUGAAGAGGACUAUGCAAGAACCCAGGAGAAGUACAAACUGAUGUCAGUUCUUGGCCUGCAGAGGACCGCCCUUCUCCCUCGACCGGAAGAUUUAAUUGGUUGGAGGCAGAAGAAACGACUCAGGAAGCUAAAAGCCAACAACUACUCGCUAACCAAGAGGCGGAAACCUCGCUCCACUCCCUCAGUACUUCCUUACAGGCCUGUGACACUCUCUCUUCCCCUGUGUGAAACUGUAAAUACUCUCCUACUCAACAAGGCUGGGAAAACCAAGUCUGGUGCUUCACCAGUCAUUGAAGGAAUAUCGAAGAGACAUCAUCCCACUAAAAAAGUCCCUCCUAGCGACAGGAGCAUGCGGAGUAAAGGUGUCUUACCGGAUAUGUUCCAACCGACAUCGCGGUCUGGAUUCACCGGGAGAGAGCUCAGACGGUCUGUGAGAAAUGGUGGCAACGUCCAUCCUCCUGUCCAGCAGCCCCUACGCCGUAUCUCCAAGAAAAUUCCAGUUAGGAACGCAGUCAAGAUCAAAUCAGAACCAGCUGAAUACUCCGUCUCAGGUCUCUCUCUCGCAUCAAUCAAUCAACCUUCUCAACGGAAAUGGGACAGGAAUAAUGUCUCUGUCGAGGCAGUCAAGACACUGCGCUACAACAGCAGCCGUCCAGGGUCAAAAGCCAAACCCAAGCGGAGCAGCGCAAGAGAGGGGGUAAAGCCACGGGGCAGACCCAGGAAAGUACCAAGGGGGGAGACGGACUCUGAGAGAAAGAGCAAUCAACCCAGUGGUGGGUUCCAGUUCUCAGAGCGCACUCCCCCUCCAGGCAUCUACAACCACCCUCUGUACAAAGUCAUCAAAGAGGAACCUGCGGAUCCUGUCCCAGUCGCCAGCCCUUUUUUGGAUCCUCCCUCUCCAGACCUGGGUAAGCGCCAGAGCAAGCCCCCCAUCAAACUACUGGACUCUGGAUUUUUGUUCAGCUUCUGUCGGCCCUCCGGGGCACCCAUGGGAGGGAUAAAGAAAGAGGAGGAGAGCGUGGAUAUUUGUUUGACACGUUCUGUCUCCCAAGUCGGUGAGAAGUUUGGACUGGUUCAAUCCAACCACAGGGCACUGAGAGCCAGAGGACCGCUGACCCCCUUCCCAGUGGUGAAGAGGGAGCAGGAGGAGAGGAGUGUGAGCCGGAGGAGGGUGCAGAGACUCAGGGCCAACUCUCGGGAAAAUGCUACUUUGGCCAGACCUAGAGGGACAAAGGCCACACGGGUCAUACCAAAGCAAGAGCCUACCGCCAUCCCAGUGAGCAACAGGGGCUGCGUCGUGUUGGACUCGGUUCGGCGAGCGAGGCUAAAGCAGCUGCGGGGCCCCCGCAGCCAGGCCCCCAAAGCCCCGAAGGUGGCCCACUCCUGCACGCAGUGCUCCACCACUUACCGGGACUGCGACACUCUCAUCAUGCAUCGCCUGCGGCACAUCGAGGGCAAGCACUGGCCGUGUCUGCUUUGCAGUAAGACGUUCUUUCGACUGAGGAAUGUACGGAACCACAUCCGCACCCACGACCCCAAGUUGUACAAAUGCAGGAGCUGCAUUGCCGCCGGCUCCUGAGCACCACUUGGUCGGUCCCAGUGUCAGAUGAACAAACGUUUAGAGUCUGACACGAGUAAGUGACAAAGGAAGUCACGUGCAAACCAGAAUCUUUUACAUAAUGGAGCCAUCAAACUCAAGCACAAACGGGGUCUGUAAGGACAAGUGACUCCUCCUUUGAUUCUAAUAUAUUCGUAGUGGUAGUUUAAAAAAAAAAUUAAAAAGCAAACAAAAAAAAAAGAAGGGCGCCGUGUGUCCGUUUUCCCCUACAAACGUCAAAACUUGAACAUUACACUCAGGGGGCGGGGGAACACGACGGGGGCCGCGCAAUGUCGAUCUCGCGUCGUCGUUGUCAUCAUGCUUGUGUAUACAAAAAAAAAAAAAAAUGAAAAACAUGAUUGUUUUAAGUGGUCUUAACGGCUACAGAGUGUCAACAAACCUAUAUGUAUAGUUGAAUUUGGAGUGCACUUAUAUCUUUAGCCUAUGUUGUAAACCUAAGAGCAGGUGGUGAAUUUGAAGGUGGGGAGGGAAUACUUGAAGCCAAGGGUGGGAAUACUUGAAGUGUUUUAUUUUUUGGGUGGGGGGGUGUGGUCGAUGCGGUCCUCGGGGUGGUUUGGUGUGCUUAACUCCGUUAUAACUUCACUCGGCUUCACCCUUUCCGAUCUGCUUGUGUCACUUGAUCAUAAUCCGUAUGUAGAGUGGAUGGGGUGGGGGGGGGGGCGAAUUGUACGACGACACUGCAUGUGCAUCCGCAGUGCGUAACGUGAAUUUUUAGCAAUGUGACCGCUUCAUGAUGGCAGUCUGAUGAAUCCCGUCCUCAACCUUAAUCCAAGCCCUUUUCCUUCCUACUGAAUAAAUGCAAUGUGUGCACAUAAAGAGAUGUUUAUGGUUCACAAAUUGAUUUUCAAAAAAAAAAAUUAGUAUCUCUUGAAAGACUGAAUACAUUUUUGACUUUUCUAUUGUUAUAGUUGCUUUAAUUACCUAUUCCCCCCCCCUCUCCCCACCCCUUUUUUUUGCGAUUCUCGACUUCACGUGUUGAGCCAUCAUGACAAAUGAAAUAUUUAACAGAAAUACAAGAGUAUUUAUAUAAAAUGCUGGGAUCUUAUAACACGUUAUUGUAUGGGAAUUAAGUGAUUGCGAUUUUAAUUGAAAUGGUUUUAAAUGCAUUCCUGUGCUUGGGAAAGGUUACGUUUGUUCUGGCGAUGUUCUAAUUUGAUCAAUAAAUUUGAGUAUAAUAUCA